UGCGUACGGCCAAACAAUUAAGGCAAUUAAGCUGUUGUCUUGCCGCUGUUAUUGAAAAAAAUUGUGCAUUUCAUGUUUGUUUGUUGCCAACACACAAAGUUUGUUAAGUUCAAAUUGCGCUGAAGGUUGCGUUAUCAAUCAUUUUAAGCCUAAGCUUGCUCCAGCCUCGCUUUGUUUGAAGCAUUGAACUUGAACUUCAAACAAACCAGUUUCAAUUAUUUGUUAGCUUUUUGCAAUAUCUUUUAUUACGCUUGUCAAUUACGCCCUUUUGUUGGCUUGUUAGCUUGAAGGACAUGGUCUGCUGUAUAAAUUGGCAAACUUUUGCCUCCAACAGCAACAGUCACUCCACAGCUUUAGCCUGAGUAGCAACUAAACCCUCAAAACUAACUCAACAUGUUUCGUUUCUUUGUCAUUUGCGCCUUGGCCACCUUCGCCGCUGCUGCUCCAGGCUUUGUGCAGGAACAUCAUGUGCUGGCUGCUGCUCCCGUGGUCGCCAAGGUGGGCGCCGUUGUCCACAGCGUGCCUUCGGCUACAUCGCAUCAGAGCUUCACCCGCUUCCAUAACCAUGCUGUGAUUACUCCCGUGGUCAAGCACGUUGUGCCCGCCGUGCCUGUGGUCAAGACUAUUGCUACUCCUGUGGUCCAUGCCGCUCCAGUUGUGCAUGCUGCUCCAGUUUUCCACGCUGCUCCAGUCGUCCAUGCCGCUCCUGUUGUGCCAGUGGUCAAGCAUGUUGCUCCCGUUGUCCACCAGACCUAUGUUGCACCCGUUGUUAAGACUGUGCCACAUGCCGUUUCACACCAGAGCCACACUCAGAUCCAUCAGAAGACCGCUGUCUACACUCCCGUUGUGGCGCCAGUUCUGAAGACCAUCGCUACUCCAGUUGUGCCUGUGGUGAAGCACAUUGCUCCAGUUGUGCACGCCGCUCCUGUUGCCCACAUCUACCAUCAUUAACAAUACUAGCGAAUUUAUAGUUUCUGUUAAAUCUGAUUAAAUACCACUCAUUGUUAAA